AUGAUUCCAAGAGCUUUUUCAGUGAUUGACCCUGAAAGAGUCAGAGGAGGCAAACAUUUAGGAACACCAGGAACUGAAGAGAGAGAAACACAGAAAAAGGACAAGACAAGAAAGGAAAGAAAGAAAUAUGGACUGUAUCUCUAUGCCCAAGGUGAUAAAAAAGGAGGGAAGAAGUGCCCAGCUGCAAACGCCUCCAAUCUGAACUCCUCCUCCUCACCCCUGCAGAGCGGGGUGCUUUACCACGAGAAAAACGCCACUGCCCAGAGAAUAUCCUCAGCCAGGAUCCACAAAAUCAAAGAGCUGAAGAACGAAAUAUUCGACCUGCGAAAGAAAAUCGAGGCGUCGAGCUUCGAGAACCUGGCUUUGAAAGAGCUGAACCGGCAGCACACCAAGGCCAUCGAAAGGUACAGCGACAAACAGAGCCACCUGCAGGAGCUGCUGGCCGGGCAUCGCAGCGACAUGAGAGAGCUCAGGAGCCUCCUGAAAAUGUCCCAGGAGGCCGAGAAAAACACAGCCAGGGCGCUGAAAAAAGUUGAAGCAGACCUGAGGAGAACUAAAGGUGAUCUGAAGGCUUUGGCUGUGCUGACAGAGGACAAAGAUCUGGCAGAGAAGGAGGAGCUGAAUCGCAGGUUGUCAGUCCUUAAUGAAACACUGGAGGCAAAGGAUGAGAGGAUACAGAGUCUGGAAAUGCAGCUGAAGCUGAACAGCAGCACCUUUAGUCGUCAGCUGGCAAGUGAGAGCAGAAAGCUCCUGGAAGCUACAAUGACCACAAAGAAAUUGCUAAUGGAAAUUAACAUUGUUCACCAAAAAAUUAAGGAAAAGGAUCGGCAGCUUUAUGUACAGAAUAUUUAUGCAAAUCGGAUGCCAAAAGCCCUGAGGGACAGAAGUGAUUGGGUUCCUAAUGACCAAAGUCUGAGAGUAAACAAAUCAGUGCAAGUAGAUAAAGAGAGUUUUAGAGAACUGCUGCUGUCUCAGCACCAGGAAACAGAAAAAAAUCCAAUCCAGCAAAAAAAGAACAGAGAAGAUAAGGGUGGAGAAGGUAAAGCAAAGGAAGUGUGCUCAGAUGCUCAGGGUAAAAAAGAAAAGCAAGCAACCAAGAAAGUACCAGAAACUUCAAACAGGACACACAGAGGGGGCAAACUGCUGAUGGAAGAAUGCAAAUUUUCAGAAUUUAUUAAAGAAAUGGAAAAAGAGACAGAGGUUCUUAAACAGGAGUUGAAAACUCUGAUGAAAUCUGAACAAAGUCCUCAAAGAGUAAAAAAGAACAAUCAAGAGGGAGAGGCAGUGGAAGAAGUUUUAAAAGAAGAGAAAAAGCCCCAUGAGCAGCAAAAGAACGCCAGGAGUGAAGGUCCAAGUCCAAGCAAAGACCCCACCAGGCUGAAAAAAAAAUACAUCUUCUCAGGGGCUGCUGAGAAUCUGCCCCAGGGGCUCCACACUUCAGGUGCCAAAUGCAAAACAGGAUUUGGGAAAAGCUGCCUGAGCAGCCAGAGACAGACAGGGCAGAGCUGCAGUGACACUGCUGUGCCCAGGGGGAAAAUCUCCUUUGGGGCUUAUGAACCUUCCUUUGGGCAAACCCCCCUGGGCUGGCAGGACAGCACCUGUGCAGUGGAAGGAACACCUGAUGGAGGAGCUCUCUGGGGAGGAAUGUUUGCAAGGAGAAAACUCCUGGAGCUCCAGCAGCACAAGGGUGAAGGCAGACAAGUGAGGGGGGCAAGGCAAAUCCCAAACUCCAUGCCAGGCGCCAACUCUCCUCGUUAA